GUGGCAUCCGGAGGUCGGGGAUCACGAACCUUAUUCAGACUGAAGGGUUACGCUGUGAAGCCACGUAAAUUCUUGAAUGCUCAGGGCCCCGGACUCCACCGUCGGAGCUUCCGAGUUUCGGAUAUCUUCGAUAAAACACUAGAGGUGGAGUCAACCUCGAAAAUCCCGAAGUCAGAGGGUCUCGACCGUGACGAGCUGGGUUAA